AUGGAUACGUCGAUGGACUCACAAGAUUCGGUGGCUGAAUUACUGACACAUGCCAUAGAUUUUGCCAACGUGAUGAGCUAUUCGGUAGAUACUGUUUACAAGCCCAUCGCCGAGGAAGCUGUUGCAUACGGCAAACGUCUAAACGUCGAUGUGGUGAAGUGUGGAAGCCAUGCCGAGCGGAUGUAUUUACCGUAUUUCAGUAGGUCGAAUGAUAAAGCAGUAUGGGCGACUGACGCCAGCACAGAUAUAGAUAUGAUGUUUGUUUUUGAUAAUUAUAGUAUAGUGUCAGACAUUCAAACGCAAGAUAAGGAAAAUAUUCUUCAUAUUAAUCAAUAUCAACUUGUAGAAGCCAAACACCCAGGAUACUACUACAUGCUACCUAUAACUGUUGAACCAUGUGAAAUGUCUCAGAUACAGCAAGUCGGGUUAUCGAGCGAAACACUCAAGAUGCAGCUAGAAAGUUCUAUCAUGCAGAACAGAAACAGUAGUGUAAAUCUUUUGUUCAUGGAGAAACCUACUCUAAAUGGACCAUCCGUAACAUUUCAGUCUCGAGCGAAUAGUGGAGUUAUGAUUUCAAUAGACUGCGUGUUCGGUGUAAAAUGUUCCUCUUGGCCAAGACGGCUGGAAAAGUUUUUCACAAGGGUAGAAAAUUGUGAUUGGCCAGGCUCUGACAUUCUUAAAGAUAUAAGAGAUCAGGGAUGUCAUUUGGUGGCUAUCGGCUCACAUGGCAGUGUCUUACGGCCCUACGAGUGGAGAUUAUCGUCAACAAGGGCAGAGAGAAUGCUAGCAUUGUCUUUGUCAGCUAAACAACGCCUGGCAUAUCAGAUUGUGAAGUCAAUGAUCAAAUCACACGAGAAAACAAAGUGCAUUUCGUCUUACUAUAUUAAAACGGCUCUUUUUUGGCUUUGUGAAGAACGUCAUAUUGAUGUCUGGGCGGAAUCAACAAAUCUGCAGAAUGUUAAAAGCCUGUUGCAAAAGGUACUUCAAUUUGUUUCGAACAAAAACGUCCCCAACUAUUUCAUAGAAGAGAACAACCUCGUAGAUCACUUUGAAGACGAGAUGUUUGCGCAAGCCAAUGAAGGUCUUUUAGAACUAUGCAAAACGUUACUGCAAGGACUAGCACAGCUUUUAGAACUCGUGUCAGUAAUGCCAGUAGAAUUUCAGCACACGCCAAAAGAGAUGGUUACAUCGGGAAAUUCGAGAGAAUUACUGGAAUACCUGUGUGUUAACUUUUGUUUCGCAAGCAUGGUUUACACAAUUUCAUCUCAAAUAGAAAAUAAAACGCACGUUAACUAUUUGUUUCUGGCAGAAGCUAUUUUUAAACACCUGACUAGUUCGUCACAGAUCGGACAGAUAGACACAUUCAUGACACAAGUGGCAACUGGGCAUUCCCUUCUCCAGACACCUGGUGCGCCUUUUAAGGAGGGAUGGUCUCUCUCAAGAUCAGGUCUGAAUUCUGCUUGUAGCCUGCUAGAAAAUACGCUCCAAUAUUUUCAGGCAAAGGAGACAGACUUGGAAGUCAUUUGGAAACUGUGUACAGAAGUAGCAAAUAUUGCCGCUACUCUUCUUCAUGGCUAUUGUCAACCAACCGACGUGGGGACAAGUGUCGCUAACGAUUGUAUAUAUUUGCUCGACAAAAGCGCACAGCUGCAUCACGAGUACGCCUUUGCAUACACACAGAAGUACUGGACGCGGUAUCCACAAUAUCGUAUAGAACCAACAAAGAACCCAAACAAACUGUCUUAUUACUUCUUAGAAAUGUGGAUAAUGAUACUCAUAAAAUACAAAAGAGAGGAUAACCAUCAGUUUGGGAGAAUUGGCCGUGGCAACGAAGACAACAUGCGACUUCCAAUUUGUGUACGCCGAUUGGUAGACUUCAUGCUUUUCUAUGAUUACGAUAAAACUUGGGUUCUUUUGCAAAUCGAUUCAUCUUUGUUUGGUGGGAGACCUAUCGCAAAUUCUCUCAAGUUAAGACGUAUUGAGCAUUCCUCUACAAACUGGAAAUUGGAUGGUGUCAUUAAUCUGACAAAACUGAAACUCCGCGCAAAAGCUUACAAGACAGACAAAGAAAAGUGCCAGCUACAAGCGGAAUUGGGCAAACUGUGGCACGUGAAAGGAAAGAAAGAAUACUCAUUUGAUGAACCCGAAAAAUCACUAAGUCAUUCGCAGGAACAUUUCAGAGAAGCACUCAAUUCCUGUCCGUCCGACGUAUCAGCGAAAGUUGAUCUCGCACUUCUUCUGAUGACAUGCAAUCGUUUUAAUGAAAGUCUUGGUCUUCUUCGUGAAGCCUUUAAUUCAGAAGAGGGUGGAUCCUCCGUGAAUACAUACGAUCUCAACACAUAUCGUACUCUCCUUGGUAACAUACAAGAAUUCUUCGACAACAAAUUUCCAGUGGUCAUACCCACACUUCUGCUUGCAUGUUAUUAUGUUCUGGCGAUUCACAAAUCAAUCAAAGUUUCGCGGGAUCAAUCAUUAUUUGAUCAAUUAUUGGUUUGUCUGAAGGAGGCUAUUUCCACAAGUGACGACAAAAUCCAGAGAUUUGGACGGUUUAUACUUGCAGAAUUCCUUUCUCACUAA